AUGAACUCUUUGGAUGAAGCAAAGGUGAAGGGAAAGAUCAUUCCCGAUAUAGCUGCUCCUGGAGCAGAAAUCAUAGCCACAUGGCCUCCCAUUUCUCCAGUUUCAAACGUGAAGGGCGACAAGAGAGUAUCAAAUUUCAAUAUAAGAUCUGGGAUUUCCAUGGCUCGUCCUCAUGUUGCUGCAGCAGCAGCUUAUGUCAAAUCAUUUCAUUCCCCAUGGUCCCCAGGGGCAAUUAAGUCUGCCUUAAUGACCACUGACGCUGAAUUCGCAUGUGGUGCUGGGCAGAUUAAUCCCAUUAAGGCAGUGAGUCCUGGUUUAGUAUAUGACACCAGUGAAUCAGAUUAUGUGAGAUUCUUGUGUGGACAAGGUUACAAAACAAAAUUUCUGCGAUACAUUAUGGAUGGUCACAUCAAUUGCAAGAAAACUAAGAAUGAAACAGUGUGGGACCUCAAUCUUCCAUCAUUCACUCUAAAGAGAAACAUUUCAGUAUCUUUUGGCAAUUUGUUUCGUAGGACUUUUGUCGUUCUCAUCAGUGGGUGA